AUGGAAGAGGAAAUUGACUUACCCAAAGAUAUUUUUGAUCAAGUUAACUUGCGGUAUCUUUCUUAUGGAUGCGAGUAUGCGGGAUCAAUGGUGUGGGAUGAUCUUCCCUCGUCAAUAUCUUUACUUUGGAGUUUGCAAACACUGAGUAUUCAGGGGACAAUCUUUGCUCCAUCUCAAAUUUGGGAGAUGCGACAACUUAGGCACUUGAAAAUUGUUUCUCUAUACAUUACAGAUCCUUCUCCAGAUGGCCAACAACAAGACAUUGUUUUGCGAAAUCUACAGACACUUGUGUCUGUAGUAGACUUCGCAUUGACCGAUGAGGUAUGUAAGAGAAUCCCCAAUGUCAAGAAAUUGAGCAUGCAGUUUUAUAAUCGCGAGAAAAGCUCAAAUGACUAUUGUCUCUACAAUCUUUGCUAUUUACUUAAACUUGAAUCGUUUACUUGCUCAACGCAUUAUCUUGAUAAUUUGUUGCACAACAUCAUAUUCCCGAAUUCGCUCAAGAAGUUGACAUUGCAACAUUGUGGGCUCCACUGGGAUGAUUUGACAAUGAUUGGUUCGUUGCCCUAUCUUGAAGUUUUGAAAUUGAAACGGGGUUCGGUUAAAGGACGCGAGUGGAAUCCUGUCGAGGGGGAAUUCCUACGUUUGAAAUUCUUGUUGAUAUACAAAUGUGAUAUCAUUUAUUGGAAUGCGGAUAGCUCCCAUUUCCCGGUCUUGGAGAGCCUUGUUCUUGUAGGAUUGGUCGAUUUGGAUGAGAUCCCUUCAGAUAUUGGAGAAAUAACAACACUUGGAGUCGUUAGUUUGUACGACUGCAGUGAGUCCGCAACCCUUUCUGCAAUGAAAAUAGCAGAGGAACAAGAGUGUAAUGAUAAUGAGGGACUUCAAGUUCGAUUCGAGUUCAAGAAUAAGUCAAAAGUAGACCGCUUCUGGAAAAAUAUCGAACAACUACACGGAUUCACAGGUAUAAUUUAA